GUGACGUCACUUCCGGGCAGCUUUCGUUGCUCAACAGCUGGGACGAACAACAUCGCACAGAGAAAUACAGCUCCAGAUGAUCCAUUGCUGGAGAUCCAGAGCGAGCUGUGCUCCCUCCCUCUACUGAACACGUCCUUUCCCUCUUGCUCCUCCUUUUCCUCCUCUACAUCCAGCAGUGAUGCUUCCCUGCUGCACCUUCCUCUCACGCUACACCCACCAUCACCUGGUCACCUUCCUCCUCACCUUUUUUAGCUAUGUGUUGCUCCACGCCUCACGUAAGACUUUCAGCAAUGUGAAAGUGAGCAUCUCUGCACAGUGGACCCCUUCAGUGCAGAAUGGCAGCGCUCCUGCUUUUUCCCCUGGAGAGACGUGGGAAGAGAAUCGGCUGUUUGCAGAUGCUGGGGAGGCCACGCUGUUUCUGGGUGCCUUGGACACCAUAUUUCUCUUCUCUUAUGCCGUGGGUUUGUAUAUUAGUGGCAUCGUAGGUGACCGUCUGGACCUUCGUUACGUUCUGUCUUUUGGGCUGUGUGGCUCAGCUGUGGUGGAGUUUGUUUUUGGCACUCUGACAGAAUGGCUGCAUUUUUAUAACGUGUAUUUCUACUGCUGUCUGUGGGUGCUAAACGGCCUGUUGCAGUCUGCAGUAUGGCCCUGUGUGGUGGCCGUCAUGGGCAACUGGUUUGGCAAAUCUGGCCGAGGCUUUGUGUUCGGCUUGUGGAGUGCGUGUGCAUCAGUGGGGAAUAUUCUAGGAGCGUUCCUGGCCUCCAGUGUUCUGAAGUAUGGCUAUGAGUACGCUUUCCUGGUGACAUCAGUGGUGCAGUUUGCAGGUGGAGUAGUCGUGUUUUUCGGUCUGCUCACCUCCCCAAAGGAAGUGGGUCUGUGCGAAGGCCCUGUAACAGGUCUAACAACAGUGGAGAGAGACACGGACAGUCAUCGGCCACUCAUGAGUGACAAUGAGGAGGAUGAGGAUGAAGUGGUGUGUGAUGGAGGAUACUACUCCAUACAAAGGCAGGAUGAUGAGCCUGAGCCCCAAACCAAAGCCAUUGGCUUCUUCCAGGCCUUCUGUCUACCAGGAGUCUUACCUUACUCUCUUGCCUACGCUUGCCUGAAACUGGUGAACUACUCCUUCUUCUUUUGGCUGCCAUUUUAUCUGAGCAACAACUUUAGCUGGAAGGAGGCAGAAGCAGACCGGCUGUCUGUGUGGUAUGACGUAGGGGGGAUCAUCGGAGGAACAGUACAGGGUCUGAUCUCUGACUUCCUGGGGAAAAGAGCUCCUGUGCUGUGCAUUAGUUUGCUGCUAGCUAUGGGAGCUCUAGUGGGAUAUAGCCACUCUCCAAAUGACCAGAUUGUGAAUGGAGUUCUCUUAGCAACUACAGGUUUCCUCAUUGGUGGACCGUCUAACAUGAUAAGCUCAGCAAUCUCAGCAGACCUGGGUCGGCAGGAAGCUCUGCAGGGGAGUCAGGAGGCUCUGGCCACUGUCACAGGCAUAGUGGAUGGAACUGGUAGCAUCGGGGCUGCUGGAGGGCAGUACCUGGUAUCACUCAUCGAGAGCAAAUUAGGAUGGAUGUGGGUCUUCUACUUCUUCAUACUCAUGACGGGACUCAGCAUCGUAUUCAUCAUACCUCUUAUUGUUAAAGAGAUCCGCUCCAUGUGCAGAGACAGUCAAGCAAGGACACACCAGCUGUGAGAACGCAUCUCUGUUUAUAACCUCUCAUCUUGCCGGAGUUAAUAUGGAGAAGGUGGAGAGUAUGUCAGCUAAGACACUCAUUUUACGACUUUCUUCUUAUUUGUUUUUAAAGCUGCUUUUUAUUUACAAUAAUUAUCUUGUUUUAAAUUAUUAGUGCUAGAUUCCAUCAGUGUCAUUGGCAUUAAUAUUAAUAUAAUGCCAAUGACAGCAACUGGCAAUGGUGAAAUAUCAUCUGGACAAUCAUCAUAACUGAUCUGUUGACAAUAGACUUGAACAUUUAUUAUUGUCUGAUUUUUAGUAAAAUAAUAAUAAUAAUAAUAAUAAAUUUUAAAAAAACAUGCUUAAUGUAGACCAAAUGUAGAUCGGUGCAUGUCAGACUGCAGAACUGAGUGCACAAGUAAUAUGAUCAUUAUCUGUCUUUUAAGUUAACUGAAGUUAUUAAACAAUAAUUCUAUCUGAUAAAAUGUUUGGCCAUCCAGAGGCUGCUAGUGGCACAUGAGCCUCACAGUGAGGAACACUAAAUUAGACUGUAUAAAUCCAGCUAUAAUGAGUUAUCACUAUGUGUGUCUGUUCUUUCAUCCCAUGGGUUCUAGCCAGGGCUCCAAACCAGUUCGAGGAAUGAAAAUGAACGCUAUUUAGCUAGGGAAAAAAAACACUACCAAAAAUGUAAUCACCCAUAACUGCUUGAGAACAGAAUGACACAAACCUAAUUAUUUUUUAAAUUCCAUUUCUGAGCCCUGGCUCUAGCACUAACAUUUUAACACCAGAGCAGUUUGCGGUUGUCAAAGCCAGGGAUCGUGUGUGCUUUUCUAACAUGAGGGUCAGGUAUCAAAUUGGACCGACGUAAAUACAAAUACAAUACAACAAAUACAGACCUUUAGAACAUAUGUUUAAAGUGCCUUUAUUUCAGCCUGUAUUUUGAUCUUGGAAAAAUUUCAGCUUUUUGGCGUUAGAGAUUAUUUCUUUAAAAUUACAAAGGACUUGGCCUAUGUAGACAUUUAUUUAGCUUAUGCAAUAUUUUUUCAAUCAAUAUAAAGUGAGAUUAAUGGGUACGAAGAAUGAUUUUUUUUUUUGUAAUGUUGAACUGUGCUUUGCUUUUGAAACAUAAUAUUUAUGAAUCAUCUUUUUUUUUUCUUUUUAAAAUGAACUGAGAUUUUAUUGGCUGCUAUAGGGGCAGGGCAUGCCAUAGAUGUGCUCUGUGUGAGGUGGCUAAAUUACUGUCAAUCAUUCCACAUUUUAAUAGCAUUGCCUUUUGAAUAUUUUUUCAAUUUUUUUUGUUCUUGGAAUUUGUGAUACCCGUGACACCGUUCCAAAAGGGAUUUCAUUCAGUUGUUUUUUUUUUCUUUUCAAAGAAAAGCAGUUAGUGUUAAAGAUGUACUGUGUAGGUUUAUGUUAAGGUUUCGACCACUCGUAUGUCUGCUUCAUAAAUCACCUAGAGGGUUACAUUCAGUUGCCAGUUUAUAAGAUGACCUACCUUGUAUCUACACUAAAUGGCCAUUUUAUCACAUAAACCUGCUCUAUAAGUCACUUUGAAUGUGUACAAAUACUGACUGUAGCCAAUAUGUCACUACAGCACGUGACAUUUUGUCAUCCCCCAGUGGAAAGAGACCUCCACAGGACCUCAGAUAUUAUUUGGGUGGUGCAACAUUCUCAGCACAACAGUGACACUGACAUGGGUAUUUUUGUUUGGCCGAACGCAGCAGCGAGGUGUUUAAAAACUCCACCUGGUACACUCCACUCCACCAGAUACUCAGAAUGAUCCACCAUCCAAAUUAUAUCAGUGCUAGUCCCGUGCUGGUUUCUUUCCAUUAAUGGAUGGGGUAGAGGGGCUGAGAGAUGAGCUCCAGUCACUCACAAAAUGCACCUGUAUGGUUGGUUUACCUGAUAAACUGGCGACUGAGUGAAUUUUUCCAACUGUGAAGCAAGUAUUUAGAAUAAUUAUGUAUGUUACAUGCUGUAUGUUGUGCACAGUGAUUUUUAAGGUUUAAAAUUUUAAUCAAAUUUCACAUAUCUGUGUUUAGGCUAACUCUAACGUAUAUGUGGUGUGAUAUUCUGUCUGCAAUCCUAUGACCAAAAUAUUCAGACUUUUAUAUUUGCUUCCUUGUUUGUGUGAACAACUUGAACUGUUAAAUGCAGGAUGAUGAUGCACACAAAAUGCGGUAACUGGCAUUUAAACAAAUCUUUCAGAUUUUGGAAACUGCUAUAAAUAGUUAGUUUACUGCACAUUUCAUUUUUAUUAUUUUUCUAGUGCAUGCCCUCAGAUUUAAUGAAACAAAAAUGGAAACACUAUCACACACAGAUCACACACACAUGCAGUUGUGAUUUCGUAGAUCUAAUGGAAACUCAGCAUGGUGUCAUGCUUAUACUGUUGAAAUCAAGCUCAGGUUUAUUAUGGAUAUGUUUAUGUUGUGAUAAAGGAGCAGAGCUGCAGUUUUAACAUAAUAGCAAUUCAAUCUUUUCUUUUCUUCCUUUUUUUUUAAAUAUGAAAAAUUUUAUUUUAUAUGAAUGUUUCACAUUUGCACUUCAGAAAGAAAUGCCUAAAUAUUUCUGUUUUAUUUGCCAAAUGUUUACAUGUUCUUUUUUCUUUUCUUUCUUUUUUUUUUCUUUAUAAUGAAUGCCUAUCCUGUUUUAGAUAAAGAAUGCUUUUAAACACAUGCAAACACUUGUAUAUAAACACUUGCGGAUAAAUGUAUCAUGUCCAGAUACAAACUUUUCAUUUCACUAUAAAUGUCAAUGUCAUUGUUUACAUUAUAUUAAAAUAAUUAUGUUACUGA